UUCUCAAUCCAAAAAUGAAAAAUAAAAAAUCUAAACUAACCCAUCAAAUCACUGUUCCAAGAGACAGACACACACACACACCCCUGUGCAUUGUUAUUACAGUUGAAAACACACUCAAACACACACCAAAAGAACGCACACGCAGAGUACUCCAUGAUCACCACUAAGCCUUCACAUUGCACUUCAUCACAGAGUUUCAGCUUCACUCUGAAGAAAUCCCACAAACAAAAUCUUGCUACUUUCCACCAGCACAAGUAUUCUUCCCCAGCCAACACAUGUAUAGCCUGCUUCUCUUCAUUUGCCAGUGCAGAAACGCCAAAAUGGGACUCCCAGAUUAUUCAUUUCUCGAAUGGGAGUAAUAACAAUCUUGUAAAAAGCAGAACCCAGAACAAGAAAAAGGAAGAAGAAGAAUUAGUGGAAGUGGGUGAAGAUGUGGUGAUUACAGGAGAUAGAAAGGUGAAGUGUGAAGUGGAAGUGAUAUCUUGGAGGGAACGUAGAAUCAAAGCUGAGAUAUCAGUUAAUUCUGAUGUUGAGUCCGUGUGGAAUGCUCUCACUGACUAUGAAAGGCUUGCUGAUUUCAUCCCAAAUCUUGUCAGCAGUGGGAGGAUUCCUUGUCCACAUCCAGGAAGAAUAUGGUUGGAGCAAAGAGGGUUGCAAAGGGCACUGUAUUGGCAUAUAGAAGCUCGUGUUGUUUUGGAUCUUCAAGAAUUUCCCAACUCUGAAAAUGAUCGUGAACUUCACUUUUCCAUGGUUGAUGGAGAUUUCAAGAAAUUUGAAGGCAAAUGGACAGUGCAGUCUCGGAAAGGGUCGCGUACUACAUCAUUGGGUUAUGAAGUGAAUGUUAUUCCCAGGUUCAACUUCCCUGCAAUAUUUCUGGAGAGGAUUAUCGGAUCAGAUCUUCCUGUAAAUCUUCAAGCUUUAGCAUGCAGAUCUGAAAGCAAUUACGAAGGAAACCAGACCAUAGUCUCGGAAAGUUCCUUGAACUCAUCAUCUUUGCAUUCUCUUUCUCUUGGAAGCACAGAAAUUGAAAGUGCAACAGCAUUGAAGAAUAAAGUUACUAGCGGAGAUAUAAAGCAAAAGUUUGUUAAAGCUAAUUUUGGCCCUUUGUCCCCUUCCACCGGUGAGUUAAACAGUAACUGGGGAAUCUUUGGGAAAUCUUGUCCACUUGACAAACCAUGCAUGGUGGACGAAGUUCACCUCCGUAGAUUUGAUGGCUUGCUGGAAAAUGGGGGUGUUCAUCGCUGUGUUGUAGCCAGCAUUACUGUAAAAGCUCCCGUUCGUGAAGUAUGGAAUAUUCUCACAGCUUAUGAGGGUCUUCCUGAGAUAGUUCCGAACUUAGCUAUCAGCAAGGUGCUAUCUCGAGAGAACAAUAAAGUUCGCAUUCUCCAGGAAGGCUGCAAGGGUCUACUCUACAUGGUUCUCCAUGCGCGUGUUGUCCUUGAUUUAUGCGAGCAUCUUGAGAAGGAGAUCAGAUUUGAGCAGGUUGAAGGUGACUUUGAUGCAUUUCGUGGCAAAUGGAUUCUGGAGAAAUUGGGUAGCCACCACACUCUGUUGAAGUAUUCAGUGGAAUCAAAAAUGCAUAGAAACUGCUUUCUUUCUGAAGCUAUCAUGGAAGAGGUCAUUUAUGAAGAUCUCCCUUCAAAUCUGUGCGCUAUACGAGACUAUGUAGAAAAAAUAGAGAGUGAGAUCCAUCAGGACACACACAACAAUGACAGUUAUGCACAGACAGCUUCAUCAAGCUACGGCAGCUCCUAUAAUUUUAGUAUGGAAGCCAACGAUUCUGACUGCAUCUCAAGUUCAUCCAGACAAAGACCAAAGGUUCCAGGCUUGCAGAGGGACAUUGAAGUUCUUAAAUCCGAGCUCUUGAAUUUCAUUUCCGAACAUGGGCAGGAGGGAUUUAUGCCCAUGAGAAAACAACUGCGGAAGCACGGGCGGGUUGAUAUUGAGAAGGCAAUCACACGCAUGGGCGGAUUCAGGAGAAUUGCUUCAUUAAUGAAUCUGUCCCUUGCCUACAAAAACCGAAAGCCAAAAGGUUACUGGGAUAACCUUGAAAAUUUGCAAGAAGAGAUAAAUCGAUUCCAAAGGAACUGGGGUAUGGACCCGUCAUUCAUGCCCAGCAGAAAAUCCUUUGAACGUGCAGGUCGCUAUGACAUCGCACGUGCACUGGAGAAAUGGGGAGGGCUACAUGAAGUAUCCCGUCUUCUGUCACUCAAGGUGAGACACCCGAACAGGCAAGCUGCCCUUGCCAAAGAAAAGAAGGUUGAUUAUCCAAUAUCUAACAAUGUAAAUGCCCAGGAGAAAACACCAUCCAAAACCUAUGUUUCACAAGAUACACAGAAGUGGCUAAUGAAACUCAAGGACUUUGACAUUAACUGGGUAGAGUAAGCAUGUUUAUCAUGCGGUCUACGCGACUUAAUCAAUGCUUGUACAUCAUGAUCCUAUCUAGAUAAUAUUGUUUCUCCACUGACCCUUGACCAUUAUUCAGAUUUCAGAAAACUACACUGGCUUACUGAAUUUGGAAUGUGCAUUAGAAAGACCCUCAAA